CACACCUCGCCUCGCCUCCGGAAUCCGCAGCUUCCUAACCGGCGGUGUAUCCCGUCAGCUCCUCCUCCUCUCCGCCCCGCAGGCCGCCAGCUAGGGGACGUCAGCGCUGCCAGCGUGGAAGCAGCUGUCUGGCGCGGGAGGCGGAAGUAGCGCCUGGGACGGCCAGGUCACCACCGGACUUCGCCGACCGCCUUAGCCAUGGAGGCGUCUCUGAAGAUAGCAGACCCCACAUUAGCUGAAAUGGGGAAAAACCUGAAGGAGGCAAUGAGGAUGCUGGAGGGCAGUCAGAGAAGAAUAGAGGAGGAAAAAGAAAAGAAGCUUGUAUCAGAGGAUAUUCCAGGGCCACUCCAGGGCAGUGGACAAGAUAUGGUGAGCAUCCUGCAGCUGGUCCAGAAUCUGAUGCACGGAGAUGACGAUGAGGAACCCCAGAGUGCCCGAAUCCAGAAUAUUGGCGAACAAGGUCACAUGGCUUUGUUGGGGCAUAGUCUGGGAGCUUAUAUUUCAACUCUGGACAAAGAGAGACUGAGAAAGCUUACAACCAGGAUACUUUCAGAUGCUACCUUAUGGCUGUGCAGAAUUUUCAGGUAUGAAAAUGGCUGUGCUUAUUUCCAUGAAGAAGAAAGAGAAGGACUUGCCAAGAUCUGUAGGCUUGCCAUUCAUUCUCGAUAUGAAGACUUUGUAGUAGAUGGAUUCAACGUGUUAUAUAACAAAAAGCCUGUUGUCUAUCUUAGUGCUGCUGCUAGACCUGGCCUGGGCCAGUACCUUUGUAACCAGCUUGGUUUGCCCUUCCCAUGCUUGUGUCGUGUGCCCUGUAACACUAUGUUUGGGUCCCAGCAUCAGAUGGAUGUUGCCUUCCUGGAGAAACUGAUUAAAGAUGAUAUAGAAAGAGGAAGACUGCCCUUGUUACUUGUUGCAAAUGCUGGAACUGCAGCAGUCGGGCACACAGACAAGAUUGGACGUUUGAGAGAGCUCUGUGAGCAGUAUGGCAUAUGGCUUCAUGUGGAGGGUGUGAAUCUGGCAACAUUGGCUCUAGGUUAUGUCUCCUCAUCAGUGCUGGCUGCAACUAAAUGUGAUAGCAUGACAUUGACUCCUGGCUCAUGGCUGGGUUUGCCUGCGGUUCCUGCAGUGACGCUGUACAAACACGAUGACCCGGCCUUGACAUUAGUUGCUGGUCUUACAUCAAAUAAGCCAGCAGACAAACUCCGUGCCCUGCCUCUGUGGUUGUCUUUACAAUACUUGGGACUCGAUGGCAUUGUGGAGAAGAUAAAGCAUGCCUGUCAACUCAGUCAACGGUUGCAGGAAAGUUUGAAGAAAGUGAACCACAUCAAAUUCUUGGUGGAAGAUGAGCUCAGUUCUCCAGUAGUGGUGUUCAGAUUUUGCCAGGAAUUAGCAAACUCAGAUCCAGUCUUUAAAUCCGUCCCAGUGCCCAGCAUGGCGCCCUCCACAGUCGGCCGGGAGAGACAUUCCUGUGACGCUCUGAAUCGCUGGCUGGGAGAACAGUUGAAACAGCUGGUGCCUGCCAGUGGCCUCACUGUCAUGGAUCUGGAGGUCGAGGGCAUGUGUGUGCGGUUCAGCCCUCUGACGACAGCAGCAGUUUUAGGUACGCAAGGAGAGGAUGUGGAUGAGCUUGUAGCCUGCAUCCAAAGCAAACUGCCUGUCCUGACCUGUACGCUGCAGCUUCGAGAAGAAUUCAAGCAGGAAGUAGAAGGGACUGCAGGUCUCCUAUAUGUUGAUGACCCCAACUGGCCUGGAAUAGGGGUUGUCAGGUAUGAACAUGCAAAUGAUGAUAAGAGCAGUUUGAAAUCAGAUCCAGAGGGAGAAAAAAUCCAUGCUGGACUCUUGAAAAAGUUAAAUGAACUGGAAUCUGACCUUACAUUUAAAAUGGGCCCCGAGUACAAGAGUAUGAAGAGCUGCAUUUAUGUUGGCAUGGCAAGUGACGACAUAGAUGUGUCUGAACUGGUAGAGACGAUUGCAGUCACAGCUCGGGAAAUUGAGGAAAACUCAAGGCUUCUGGAAAACAUGACAGAAGUCGUCCGGAAAGGAAUUCAGGAAGCUCAGGUCCAGCUGCAGAAAGCAAACGAGGAACGACUUCUGGAGGAGGGUUAUGUUUUGCAGGGGGUGUUGCGGCAGAUCCCCGUAGUAGGAUCUGUGCUGAAUUGGUUUUCUCCAGUACAAGCUUCACAAAAGGGAAGAACAUUUAACUUAACAGCAGGCUCUCUCGAGUCCACAGAACACACAUACGUCUACAAAGUACAAGGCACAGGAGUGACACCACCUCCAACACCCUCAGGCAUUCGCACCAAACAGAGACUGCCAGGUCAGAAGCCUUUUAAGAGGUCCCUGAGAGGUUCAGAUGCCAUGAGUGAGACCAGCUCGGUCAGUCACAUUGAAGACUUGGAAAAGGUGGAGGACAUGUCCUAUGGGCCCGAGCAAAGCACCCUAGAGGCCCGCAGCCCAGAGCAACCUCCAGGGGCACCGGCCCCUCAGGCCAGCCAGACUGAAGCCCUCCAGAACAGGGCCCAGCAUCCCGAAGAUGACCACCCGCAGGUGGAGGAGCUGGAGAGCUUGAGAUAAAAUUCAGGGUUGGAUUGCGACUGUACUGUCAUUUCAGGGAAGAAGUUACACUAAAAGUGUGAACUGUGCCACAUGUUCAUCCAGUAGAAAUGACCUGUGCUGAGCUGGGAUUUUUGCACAAAUACAUGCCUGAAAGCCAGGCUUUCCAGGAGGGCAAUCGAUUGUUUUAUGUGUAUGUAAAACCACAUUGUUUCUGGCCUGCCCAAAGGUAGUAAAACGACUUUCCCACUUUUAUUCCCAAAGAACACUUACAGUUUCAGGUGCUUGCCACCUGAAACACUCACUCUCAUCUUUCUAACAUAAGCUUACGUGUAGAUCGCACACGGUGACUUUUUAUUAGGACUCUCCAGGUUCUGUGCUGUGCUUCCGCAGAGGCGAGGCAGUGGUGGCCUUGGUCUGUUGUAAUGGGCUGUAGUGCAGUGGUGUUGCAGUGGACACUGGAUUGGCUGGCUUUGUCCAGAGCCCUCUCCUGCCGCCCCCAACCGCUGCUUUUCCUGGAGACUUAAGUAAGGACUGUGUCCACUUGAGCCGUGGCAGGGCUUGUCUAGAGCUGUCCUUUGCCACAAAUCUUUUCUCCCUUUCUAUGCUCUUUGUAUACAAAUUUAAGGACUUGUCUAAUUAGGAAUAACUGUUGAGUCUCCUCCUGAUCAUGUAUUUAUGUGUGUGUACGUGUGUCUAUUUUUAAAUACUGGUAAAGCUUUUAAAUCAACAUAAAGGUGCAGACUGCGCUCGUUUCUGUCCCAGAGAGCCUGAUGCUAAUAUGCUGUGCAGCACUACACGGGUUGAAUGCUAAAGUAAGCUCGGCCUUGACUGUCUCACUUGAGAGGUUUGUAGCUUCUCUUCUACUCACAGCUCACCCUGGGUCCUGCUCAGAAAUGAGAGCCAGAAAAGUCAUCCCUCCCAGGCUGAAAUGACUGGAAGUAAGUUCCGAAAUUCCUACCAGUUUCUAUUUUCCCAAAGUACUACGUCAUUUCCUUUGUCCUAAGGUUGGGCCCUGUGCCUUUUUAGACCCGCAAAGUCGAGCAAUGGGAAAGUUAAGAUGGUGGGGAAUUCACACUAGGUUUGUGGACUAGUGUGGGAAGCCUUAGUUAUACCACAUUAAGCCUGUAAUUACACUGAUUUGAUGUGAUUUUUGACAUUUGGCACUUGUCAAAAAAUUUUCCUCUUAUUUUUUGGUGCAGAUUAAACAGUCUUCCCUGUUUAUCUGGUGCAAUGAAGUAUAGCAGAUAACAUGGGAGAGGGGUAAAUCAUCACCUUUAACAGGAUUAAUUUUUAAAUGUUUUUAUAUAUAUAUUUGGAAUUGUUAAAUCAGUUUUGCUGAAACAGAAUUUCACCCUUGAGAUACUAUUUGAAUGUUGGUUUCAAUAAAGGUUCUUGAAAUUGUUA